AUGUAUCAUUCUGGUAAUACGAGAUAUCCACCGGAGCAAACUGAAGACAAUCAAACGGUAGUUGGCUUUCAUCAAACCAGUCACAAAUUUGCAUCGUUGAUUGCACAGGAUAAUUUGAGAGCGUCAUCUGCUGGCUGGAUUGGGCCGGGAAUAUAUUUCGCGACGUCGCUGAACCACACAGAAUUUAAAGCAAAUCAAUUUGGUGCAUAUAUCUGUGCCAAAGUUAAUCUGGGAAAAACCAAACGAAUAACUGAUCCCAAGGAAUGGCGUUCUAGUGAGAGAUAUGAUACGAUUUACUACGCACACCCACUGGGUGCAGAUGAAUUUUGUGUGCACACAUCGGCGCAGAUCCACUCGUGGAUUAUUGUGAUUAAUCAGGAUCCCAAUGAACAAUUGUUAGAAGAGAAAAACAAUGAAAGAUUAGAGUCAGGAAAAUAUGUCGAAGAUUAUGUAGAAGAUCAAGUUUAUAGAGGAUGUCUAUUUCAAGUUUGA